UCGCCAAAACUCUAUGAAAAUCGUGAAAAAUUGCCAAACGGUUUGAGAGGAUAUUAUGUACAUAGACUUCUUGUAAAUGCUGUUGCAAUGUGGGCUUCGCCUCGUUAUGCUUGGAAUAUUUACAGACUUCUUGACGAAAUUCAUAGACAAGAACGUGAAGAGAUGGAAAAGAAACUUCAAGCAAAAGAUGAAGUCAUUGAAGCAAAAGACAAAAGCAUUCAGAAAAGAAUACCACGUUCGGUACCAAAAGGAAAGGAAAAGAACUAUAAGUAUAUGAUUUAUACUGAAGAGAUGGAAAAUGAAGAAGAUAAAGAUAUGGUUAUGUUGCAUUUAGUCAGAAGAAACAACAAAAGCUUUUACGACCUUGCUAAGAUUUACAAAUCUGACAGAAAUUGGUUCUAUCGCGAAAACUUACCGAUUUCAAUGACACCGAAUGAAGAUGUGAAACAAAUAGUUCAAGAUACGUUACCUCAAACACACUAUGAUAUUAAAGGUUGUACAAUACUUACCUUCAAAGAAGACUUACCGCUACUGAAGGAAAAAAUAACAGAGUAUUUUGACAACUUCAAACAAGUAGAGUAA